GUUUUUAUAUUUAACAAAUUGUUGCCACUCGACAUUACCAUAAUCACAAUAAAGCUCCCUUUGUUGUUCUUUGGGGAUGCAAAGCUUUUGAUCCACUCCCACCACCAUACCCUUCUUUCUCUUUUCAUCCACCACUAUGAGUAGCCCCACUGCAGGCGGCGGCAGCGGCCUUUCCAUAGACGAGGAGGAGACGGCGGAGACUCGGAUCAGGAGGCUGAUAUCGGAGCACCCCCUCAUCAUCUUCAGCAGGUCGUCUUGUUGCAUGUGUCACGUCAUGAAAAAGCUGUUGGUCACCAUCGGGGUUCACCCCACUGUCAUCGAACUCGAUGACCAUGAGUUCGCUUCCCUCCCUCGACCACCGUCCCAUGAUACUCUCAUCUCCUCUCGGAAUCUCUCCCCCGCCGUCUUCAUUGGCGGAACCUGCGUCGGCGGGCUCGAAUCACUCGUAGCUCUCCACCUUAGUGGUCACCUCGUCCCAAAGCUCGUCGAAGUUGGCGUUCUCUGGGUAUGAUAUAUAUACACAUAAAUAAUAUAAACCAAUUUUACUGGUUUUUUUAUUUUAAAUAUUGGGGCAGCCCACUUCCAAAUGAGAAGUAGCUAGUUUCUGCUUCCUUUUCCUUUGGGUUUAAAUCUUAAAUUCAAGUAUUGCAGAAGGAAUUAGACUUGUUUUUGUUUUUCGCUCCCUA